AUGAUAGGGUUUGAAGAUCUUAAGAUUAUUUCUUGGAAUGUUAGAGGCGCCCUCCAUGAGAAUGGUAAGCGCUUUGUGAAGGAAUUAAUAAGGACUAAGAAUCCUGAUAUUGUCUUUCUUCUGGAAACUCGAUGCCAAUUCACUAGAGCUAGCAGAUUUUGGAAAUCACUGGGAUUUUCUUCAUCAUUCAUAAGUGAGGCAGUAGGGUUUAGAGGUGGCAUUUGGGUUCUCACCAAAACCAAUGCUAACUUCAACACCCGCCUGCUGCAUAUGCACAAUCAAGCAAUCUCUUUUGGAAUUUGGAGAGACAAUUUCUCCUGGGCUUGCACCGCCAUCUAUGCAUCUCCGUCUCCGGCUCAAAGGGAAGUGUUUUGGGAUCACCUUUGUCAUGUUAGAAUUGGUAUCACCAUACCUUGGCUUCUUGUUGGUGACAUGAAUGAGAUUCUUUCCCCUACGGAGGUUAGAGGAGGAGAAUUUUUUCCUAAUAGGGCUAAUAAAUUUGCAGAAGUCCUGGGAAGCUGCAACUUGAUUGAUCUUGGCCUAGUGGGUGGCAAUUUUACUUGGUACCGUAAGCACAACAAUAGAAUUAUUCUCUCCAAACGUCUGGACAGAGCCCUCGGCGAUGUGGACUGGAGAACUGAAUUCGCUGAUGCUUUCGUGGAAGUGCUUCAUAGGAUUCACUCUGAUCAUUGCCCUCUCUUGAUCCAUUGUAGCGCUUCCAGCCCUAAUCAAGUCACGGCUUGA